AUGCCAGUAUUAGGUGUAGAUGUGGGAUCUUCUACAUCGACCGUUGCAACAAUCCUCCGAGGAGCAAUAGAUAUUGUACUAAACGACGUAUCUCAAAGAUAUACACCAACGUGCGUGUCGUACGGUGAUUUACAAAGAAUUUUUGGAGAUCAAGCAAAUACUCAAAUAGUCUCAAAUUUUAGAAAUACCUGUAGAGGAUUUUUAAAUGUGUUAGGGCUUAGUACAAGCGAAGACCACUGGAACGUUACAGAACUAGAUAAAUUCUUUAAUUCAACAGCAUUUACAGUUGAUGAAAAGGGACACUUGGCAUAUCAGGUAACAAAUGGAGGUAAAACGACGACAGUGUCAGCGUUAGCAGUGCUGACAGGAUACCUGAGUUAUUUGACGGAGUUGGCAGAGAAGUACACGGGAGGAGUGUGCAGAGAAGUAGUGAUGUCGCACCCAAGCUGGUUCUCGGAGUACCAAAAGAACCUGAUGGUGGCAUCAGUGAGAGCAACGGGCUCAAACUGCCUGAGAUUAAUCUCAGAAGGGUUCGCAAUGGCAAUGGACUACGGAAUGUACAGACUGAAGCAGCUCAGCGACGAAACAGCAACAACAGUGGCACUUGUCAACGUAGGACACUCGCACACGACAGUGGCACUGGUGGACUUCUUCGCAAGCUACUGCGUAGUCCUCUCGGAAGUCUCGGACAGAGACCUGGGAGGAAGGUACCUGGAGUGCAUGCUCAUGAGGGAGAUGUGCCAAGAGUUCAGCAAAAAAUAUAAGUUGGACCCUCUGGCGAACAACAAGACGAGGCUGAAGGUGGAAGCAGUAGCGUCGAAGGUGAAAAGAGUGCUCUCGGCGAACUCGGACUCGUCAUACUCACUGGAGUGUCUAAUGGAAGACUACGACCUAACAGGCAACGUGAAGAGAGAGGAAUUUGAAAGCAUGUGCUCUAAGGAAUUUUUACCGAGGCUCUCGGAACUACUGACAACAGCACUCAGAGAGUCAGGAAGAACGCAAGACGCAAUACACUCGGUGGAAGUGGUGGGAGGAAUAACGAGAGUGCCGUGCAUACAAGCACUGAUAUCGACAGUGUUCAACAAGCCAAUAAGCAAGACACUCAACGCAGAUGAAUCGGUGGCAAGAGGAUGCGUACUACAGGGAGCGAUCAACAGUAAACACUACAUGGUUAGAAAAUAUAACGUGGUAGAAAAGCUGAGGAGACCACUUAGCGUGAGUGCACUUCCAGGUUUAGGGCCAUUCACACAAAUGCAAAAGGUGGAAAGGAUAGUAGUGGCAGAAGUAGGAAGUAGCAAGAGUGAAGUGUAUGUGUUGAGAGUGCCAUUUGAGCCGCCGUUCACAGUGUUGUCGUCAUUUGAUGACCCAAGAGUAAAUAGUAGACACCAGCUCCCGACAUUCCAGUACACACUGACGGCAGUACCGGCACCAGGAAAUGAAGGAGAAAAGGCGGAAAAGGAGGAAGGUAAGGAAGGAGAAAAGAGUCAAUCAGAAAAGGAAGAAGAAGACGUAGAAAAGUACCUUAAUAAAGUGGAAAAGGAAUGUAGUAAGAAUGAAGGUAAUAAAGAGGAGGGAGUGCCAAAGAUAGAUAAGGACGCAAACGGAUGGAUAGUAAAGUUUCAAUUCGAUGAAACAGGAAGUCUGCUAUCAUACUGCAGAGGAUUGGAUGUGUGCGUAGUGUCGCCAUAUAAGUUUGACCUGGAACAAUUGGCAACAAACGAAGCAAACCAGAGAAGAAAGGACAUGAACGAGACGAUAAGACUGAAGACACUUAAUGACCUGGAAACGUACGUGUACGCAGCAAGAGAUAAGUUGAAUAACACGCACGUAGAGUUCGUGGAGGGGAAGGUGCAGGCACACAUGCUUAAAAAAUUGGAUGAAGUGGAAAACUGGCUCUACGAAAACAGACUGGGAACUCUGGCAGAUUUUGAAGCGAAGCACAACAGCCUGUCAACAAUGUUUGAACCAGUGGAAAAUAACUACAGAGUGUACACGAACAAGGAGCAGAACCUGGGAAACUUCUUCACGAGACUGAAGCAAAUAUACGACUACGCAGUGGGAAGGGAAGGAGACUGGACGAACGUGCCGGAAGGAGAAAGAGCAGAAGUGGCAAACAGGAUUAACGGACUGAACAACACGACGAUGGAGCUGGUGGAAAAGGAAAAGAACAUGCCGAAGUACAAUAACCCGCUGUACACAAUGGAACAGCUGGAGGAGCAAAUUAACCUGCUGAAAAAUGAAAUGGAACACCUAAUAAAGAAGUAUAAGGUGGUGGAGGAGCCGAAGAGCAAGGAAACGAAGAGCGAAGAGAAAAAGGAUGGCGAAGAGGAGAACGAAGAAAUGGAGGACGCAGAGGAGGGAAACAGGGACGACAGCGAGUUCAUGGAAGCACAGGAAAUACCAUGA